AUGCAAUUCGGAUUUCGUCCCAAAUCGUCGACAGCAGAUGCAUUGUUGCAUAUAACAAUUAAAUUAUCAGAAAUUUUGAAACAGAAGAAAGCUGCAAUCGGUGUAGCCUUCGAUUUCGCCAAAGCAUUUGAUCGUGUUAGUCAUACUGUUUUGUUAAAAAAGUUACACAAAGCGCAUGUGCAUGGUAGUGUUCUUGAAUGGUUUGAAUCUUAUCUUACAGAUAGAGAACAGAUCGUCAUUAUACAUAAGACAAAAUCAAAAGCAGCAAAAGUCACUUCAGGUGUACCUCAGGGUAGUAUCCUUGGCCCAUUGUUAUUUUUAAUAUUUAUUAAUGACUUGAGUCAAGGAUUUCAAGUCUUGAGUCAAGGCAGUUUUUUCUCCAUUUCAUGGCACAAAACUGAUAAUAAGAUGACAUUUAACGGCCAGUUUAUAGUCACCAAGUUAUUCACCGUUUUGUUCUGCCGUCAUGACUAG